AGCGGCCCCGCAGUCCCCAGGGCCGGAAGUGCCCCACGUCACUAUGACUACGGGCUAGCGCGCUCCACUUCCGAAUGGGCCAGCAGCGUUCUGUUCCCUUGGCAAAGCCAUUGUCCCUGAGGCCGAACCUGGACAGCCUAAAGGAAAGCCAUACCUCGCAGAGCGUCUUGCUCCCGCAAGGCGCCUGAGGUCUCCCAAAGCCUGGAGUCUGACGCCGCCCGAGGAAGCUGAGGGAGCCGGGAAGGCUAGUUCCGGGGCGUGGCUUCUCAGCCCUGGCCAGGUACGCACCGGAACGGUAGCUUCGCAGGCGCCUUCACCUAGCUUUUCGGGUUACAACAUCAGUGACGGAGCACCGCCUACCAGAAGGAAGCUGGGAGAAGUUCGGAUAGCUAGUGACUAGAAGGAUGUGGCGUCGGGAUUAACGACGGUACCGCGAAACCGCAGAAAAGGAAGAAGGGAUUUGUAUUUGAGAGUGGGGUCAAAGUUUGGUUCUCUAAUUCAAGGCCAUGUGGAGCUUCACGGAACAGUUCAGGAGUUUGAGAGGAAGAAGAUGCGAGCCAGCCCCAUCCGCAUCCCAACUGUCAGCAAUGACAGUGACUGGGACUCAUGCUUCCAUCUGUCACAGCAAACCAACAUCCCAGCACACCAGCAAAUAGAUGACUUGUAUCACACUGGGGGUUCUGGAGAGAGUGAAGAAGAUGCUACAUCCAAGGAGGAGGAGGAGAAGAUCAUAGACCGCAUGUCUCUUCCCAAAGACAAAUUAGCCCAGUCCCAGAAGAAAACAGCUGUGCUGAUUAAGGAAAAAAUGAAUACCCAAGCAAACCAGGAGCUGAUUCGCUGUGUCAUCCUUUCUCGCAUUAUUUUUGGAGAAGAGCAUUGGAAAUGUGCCCAGGCUUUGGCCAACCUGGCUUAUGGCUACCUGACACUGAGAGGCCUCCCAGCUCAGGCCAAGAAACAUGCUGAGUCAGCCAGGAGCACGCUGCUAACCUGGAAGGUAAACACGACCUCAAACAAGGAGAAAAAGGAAAUCGUGGAAACGCUGAUCGUGCUCUACUACACUCUGGGAGUGGCCUGGCUCCUGCAGAACCAUGGUAGAGAGGCCUAUUUCAGCCUGCAGAAGGCGGAGAGAAGCAUGAAGGAGCUGAAAGAAUUAGAUAAGGGAGGCAUUUGUGGAUUACAAGUUUCAGAGAAAGACCUAACUGUUGCUUUGGGCAGAGCCUCCUUGGCCAUCCAGAGGUUGAACCUAGCCCUGGCAUACUUUGAAAAGGCAACUGAUAACAUCAUUGCUGCCAAGGGUGAAAAGACAUCCGAUCUGAUUAGUCUGUACCAGGAAAUUGCUCAGAUUGAGCAGCUGAGGAGGAACCACCAGCAGGCCAUCCAGUACUUGCAGCAGGCCUAUUCUAUCUGUGUGUCUGUUUUCACUGAAGUCAGCCCGAGAACCGCGGAGGCAAGCGCAUUACUAGCCAAAGCGUAUGCCAUGUCUGGAGAGGCCCAGCACAGGGAUGCUGUUGAGCUAUAUUUUAUAAAAAGUAUCACUGCAUACCAAGCAACAUUAGGCUCAGAGAAUUCUGAAACACUAACAACCAUUGAGGAAUUUUGCCAAUGGCUUGUCCAAAAUGGGGAAAAACAGGAGGCUUACAAACUCCUAAAGGCUACAGUGAAGUCCCAGGCCAUCAGCCGUGGUGAUUGCAGUGAAGAAGUGGCUCAAACUUUUUAUAAUAUGGGCAGGAUCUGCUUUGCCAAAGGAGAGCUCAGAAAGGCAAUUCAGCUGCUAAAGAAGGUGAAUGCUGGCUGGUUUGCUACAUUUGUCUCCUGCGCUUGUAAACAGAAUUGUCUGAUGAUUCAAGUCUUUGUAUAUGGAAGUGAACACAUUAAAAGCAGAGAGACAAAACAGCUCAUCACCCUGCUGCAAAGGUAAUUUCUGAACUUGGGCAUCAACCAGGUCAUCAAUGUGGACGUGUGGAUAUUAUGGCUUCUCCUAGAUUCCUCCAGUUAGGGGUGAUUCACCUCUGUCAUUCUUGCUAGUAAGGCAGAAUGCCUAUCUGUACUAUUGAUCUGAUCAAAUCCCAUACUGGGUAUAACUACAGGUAGCCCCUGACUUACGAGGGGGUUCCUUUCCAGCAACUCCAUCAUAAGUCAGUUCUGAUGUAAGUUGAAUACCUCGUUUUUAUUUUUUUUUAGUUUUCGUUAUUACU